AUCAUGUCCAAGAUCUGUACAACUCCCUCCAUGGUUCUUUAAUGCAUGCUACUGGCCAUGGGGACUGGAUGGACUGAGACAGCACUUCUAAGUUUUCCCAGUAUGGCUGGAGGUGCACCCCCAAUAAAAAUUAUUACUCAGCAAAAACCCUCAUGGGGACCUGGAAUGAAGAGCGAUACGAUAUCCAGAGAACUGUGCAGCCCAAGCCACUUCCUUCCCAGUACACUCACUGCUUUGAAACAACAUACUCUUCAGAUUACAACAAGGGAAAGCAUCAGAGAAUAAAAAGAUUUGAACAAGAACCUCAUUGGUUUCUGAGCCACCACCCUGAACUAGAACCUCCUUUGUUCAACCCAACUGCUCAGUCCUGCUACACAAUAGACUACAGGCCUCCAUAUGGCAGUAUUUUCUUUGCUUGUGUCCAACGUUCAGAGAAGGAACAAGAAGGAUGCCGGAAAAGCAACAGAGAUGGAGAGAAUCUGUAGACUAUGCUUUCAGAGAAACAGGAGGUAUAA